UUGGUUUUUUGUCCACGGAGCAGCAGCGGGAGAGUUAAUAAAGCUGGAAGAUAGAAAGAGCAGCAGUUGGUGAACUGUGGAAAGAAGAGAAACGGCUUGAAGCUCAGCUGGAACUGCUCAGGAAGUGUUAAAGGAAAGUUUGGAGAGAGAAAAGCUAGCAGAGAUGUGGAGACAGCAGGUCAAGCAGCGACUGGAUGCAGCAGAGGAGCAGAGACACCACAUCCUGGAUGCUGCUUUCAGCCCCCAACAUCUGCUGCACACAUCAGCAGACACUCAGCAGAUGGUGCUGGUUAAAGAGGCUGCUGAAGAACAGAACCCUGGGGAGGACCAUGUGGACCCAGACCCGCUCCACAUAAAGGAGGAACAAGAGGAACUCUGGAUCAGUCUGGAGAGAGAGCAGGAGGAGACUACUGCCACCAUGUUUCCAGUCAUUGCUGAUCUCAUGAAGAGCGAAGAUGAUGAAGGAGAAGACAGAGAUCUACCAACCAUCAGCUCAGCUGACCAGAUGAAAGCAGAACCUAAUGAAGAGGACCACAGAGAAGCAGAAUCCAGCAGGAAGUCAGAUAAAAAACCUCACAGUGCGACUUCUAGCUCUUCAGAGACUGAAGACAGCGAGGAUGAUGAUGUGGACCAUCCUAAUCCUGAGCUGAAACCCUUAUCGGACCCUGGGUCUGAAACUGAAGACAGUGUGGAAUAUGGGAAGAGCAGAACUGUCAACAGAACUCUGAACUUCUCUUAUUGUGGGCAACAGUUUAGUAACGAGCACCCUCAGGGUCACAUGACAGAUCAGUUCAGCGUGACCUCAUCAACCUGUACAGGUGAAAAGGAACGGCAGAGUGAAAAGAAAGAUGUUGAGUCACAGAGGAAAGUCCAGACAAAACUGAAACGUUAUCGUUGUGGUGACUGUGGGAACCUUUUUCAAAAGAAAUAUCUCCAGGUACACAUGAGAAUCCACACUGGAGAGAAACCAUUUGGCUGUGAUGUUUGUGGACGUAGAUUUAGUGAUAAAAUGGCUUUAAACCGUCAUAUGAGGGUCCACACUGGAGACAAACCCUAUGGUUGUGAUGUUUGUGGAAAAACAUUCAGUGAAAAGGCAAGUAUAACUAGACACAGAAGGAUCCACACUGGAGAGAAACCCUUUGGCUGUAGUGUUUGUGGACAAAGAUUUAGUUACAAGGUUGUUUUAACCCGUCACAUGAGGAUCCACACUGGAGACAAACCAUAUGGUUGUGAUGUUUGUGGUAAAACAUUUAGCCAAAGGUCAAGCAUAAUCAAACACAAGAGGAUCCACACAGGAGAGAAACCAUUUAAAUGUCAUGUAUGUGGACAAAGAUUUAAUGACAAGGCACGUAUAAAAAGACAUAUUACAACCCACACAGGUGAGAAACCCUUUGACUGUGAUGUGUGUGGACAAAAAUUUAGUCACAAGUCAUCUUUGGACAGACACAUGAUUAUCCACACAGGAGAGAAACCAUUUGGCUGUGAUGUCUGUGGACAGAGAUUUACGUACAAGUCAUCUUUAGACAGACACAUGAUUAUCCACACUGGAGAGAAACCAUUUAGCUGUGAAUUUUGUGGACAAAGAUUUAACCAAAAGGGAAAUUUAAACAUGCACAUGAGAAUCCAUGCAGUAGGGAAAAAUUAAGAUGCUCAGACGGCUGCUGAAGAAACACAGUGACGUUCUGACUUAAAUGGCUGCACAGUGUUUCUGCUGCUCUACUGUAACAAGCAGCGCCCUGCUGUCUGUCACUGGGCGGGCAGAGGGCAGUGGAUUGUGUGCUUAUUUUCUGCACAACAAACACCAUCAGUAAACUUAGUUAUGUUGAUUGGGAGAGUGGUGGUCUAGUGGUUAGAGUAUGGUGCUUUUGUCUUGGAGGUUCUGGGUUUGACUGCCACUCCGGGUCCUUGAGCAAAACCCUUAGCACCAGAAUUCUCCCUGGGCUCCACAUAGUGCAGCCCACUGCUCCCUAAGUGAUGGUUAAAUACAGAGCUCAUGUUUCAUUAGAAUGUAUGGCCACAUUCACACUGCAGGUCUUGAUGCCCAAUUCCGAUUUUUUGCUGAAAUCAGAUUUUUUUGAGGUGGCCGUUCAUACUGCUAUUAAAUGUGACUGCCAUCAGACUUCUGUCUGAACGGUUAAAGACUGCAAAGUGACCCGCAUGCACAGAUAACAGAAGGAGGCGUCACAGAGCAGCGCACUGUUUACAGAAGUAAUGGUGAAUGUAGAUUUUUCUAGUGUUCAAUAAAGUCA